AUGAGAUCCCCACCACCCGAUGUCCUUGCCACAUGGCCCAAGCCGAACUAUCUCGACCCCGUCACUAGAGGACCGAGCUUGAUGAUUGUCGAGUUGACUCUGCUACCCAUUGCUAUGAUCGUCGUCUUCCUUCGACUCUGGGUUCGAAUAUCAUGGCUGAAGAAGAGCUGGUAUGACGACUAUCUCAUGAUUGUGGCCAUGAUCUUCAGUAUCGGCACCACAGUCAUUGUCAUCAUGGCAUCCCAACUGUACGGUUGGGACCGCCAUGCAUGGGACCUAACUCCGCAUGAGAUGAUGGUCGGGCGACAGGCGUCCAUUGCAGGUCAAACCCUAUUCGUCCUCGCCUCCUCUACCGUCAAGAUGUCCAUUCUCGUGUCUUACUUUCGCAUCGCACCAGAGAAGUCGCUCUUCCGAAAGCUCGUCUGGGCCACCUUCGCCUUCGUGUUUGCUGCCUUUGUUGUUUUCAUGGUUGCACUAUGGGUGCAAUGCAUCCCAAUCUCCAGCUACUGGGAACUGAGAUCCGACCACCGUGACUGUAUCCCAGAAGGACCCCCACUGGUCGUACAAAGUGUCCUUAACGUAGUUACCGACUUCAUCAUCUACGCCUUGCCAGUUCCGACGCUCUUCUCGCUUUCUCUUCCAUGGACUCAACGCAUUGGACUCGUCGUUCUCUUCUCCGUCGGCGGCGUCAUUGUCGUUGCUAGCAGCUUCCGAGCGUACUGGGUACACUACACCCUCUUCAAAACAUACGAUGCCACAUGGGAAGGAUAUCAGAUUUGGGUGUGGACUGCGGUAGAAACAAACGUCGGCGUCAUCUGCGGGUGCAUCCCAGCGCUCAAGCCACUGCUCUUCCCGAACCGAGCGAGACAACAAGGAUCGAGGUACGGAUACGGCUCGCAAAACAGCAGAAGGAAGGAGAAAGUCACGCCAGUCCUCGACCAGGUCGAGCUGGACACGCGUAAACUCACAGAGAAUGACGACUCGCAGCUGGGGACUGAGAUCAUCUCAGUACACCAUGCUCCGUCGGAACGACCGAUGAGUGGUGAUACGCACAACACAGAUAAGAGUCGUUACGAUAUCGAUAUAGAGCAGCAAAAAGUUUACAUGUACUGAUUGCGCUGUGCAGCACAUAAUUUCUACCUUUACCCAUU